UGAAUAUAAGAUUGUAAAUUUCUUUUUAACCCACUCUAUAUAUUUUUUACUUACAUAACUUUUACGGGCUUUAAAUUGGCCACGUGAUAUUCUUUUGAAACAAAAUGGAUGAGGGAGAGCAAAUUUAUACAUGAUUUAAAUAUGGUACUUGAUUUGAACUAUUUAUUUUGUUUAAACCAAUGAAAAUGAAUACUUCUUGGCGAAGGAGAAGACUUUUUUGCAAAAUGAUUAGAGCAGCCCCAUUAUAAAGCAAAAUACAAUUUAUCUUUUUUGGAUACAUUAGAAGCUCAAUCAAUGAGGUAGAUUAGUGGCAUCGUCGGGUUUUAAUACUCCAGUUCAUCUUGAAUUGAACAAAAAGGAAAGGCCACCUUUGCCUUAAUCUAAUCCCAAAACAGAGACACGAUUGGUUUCUAUUUCAACUUCAAAUGGUUGGGUUUUUCUUUGGUCGUAUUUUGCAGCAUCGCUCUCAAAUCCUAUUGGGACAACGACUAAGAGCUAUGAGAUUCAGAUUGGGAAGGGAGGGAAGGCGUAAUAGGCGUGCGAUGGAAUUAUUGGUAUGUUGGGAAGGUGCAGCCGCAGAGAUGGAGGACCAAAUUAGGAGGAUUAGGGGAGAGAUGGAGCGACAGCUUGUAGCCGAUAUCUUUACCGAUCUGUGGGUUUACGAUUGUCUCAUUCAGCUUGAAAACGACCCUUUGAUGAGGGACGCUUUGCAAAGAAUCCACGCUCAGAAUCUCCAUCCAAGGAACCUUAUUUAUAUAAACCAACUUCAACCUUUUCCGGAACGACGACGCCGCCGCCGCCGCCGCCGCCGAUCGUCGCCAUGAAUAGUUCAAUGGUGGGGGCGUAGGUUUCUUCUUUUUUUCAGAAUUUUUAAGAAUAGAAUAUUAAAAUAAUCACUUUUAUUUUACUCUAAUUUUAUUCUAAUAAAUUGUAUUAUUAUUUUGUUACUAAAGAAUCAUCUACUAUUAAGAUCUA